GCAUUUGCUUAUUUGCGUUCAAAUCCUUCACUAGCCUACAGGACUGUGUUCCACGGCGACAACAAGAUGGAUGUUAGUCAGCUUUCCGAAAAACAAAAGGCUGUUUUAAAGCAGUUUCGUGAAGCGGUUAAAGAUUGUCAACUACCUAAUCCCGAGGAUGCUUACCUUGCGAGGUGGCUUAUUGCUCGAGAUUUCGAUUUGAUCAAAGCCGAAAAAAUGCUCAGGAAUUCAUUGGAAUGGCGCCGCCAUCACAAAAUCGAUGCGAUUCGGGAUGAUUUUAAGCCACCUGAGGUGUUGAAGAAAUAUUUUUCUGCGAGUCUUGUCGGACGAGAUAAAAUGCAAAGCCCUCUGUGGAUAACUCGAUACGGAAUGUCGGACAUGAAAGGAAUUUUGCGCUCCACAAAGAAGAGAGAUUUCGUCAUGUACGUCGUUUAUCUUGUCGAAACCAGCAUUUGGCGAGUGAUGUCAGACCCGAAAAAGUACAAGCGCGUGCCAGAUGCAAUAGUACAGACGACCAUCAUCUUCGACUUGGAAGGGCUGUCCAUGCAGCACGUCACUAACAAACAAGCUGUGGAUGCGGCAAUCAAAAUCAUUCAGAUAUACGAAGCCAAUUUUCCAGAAUGCCUCAGUCGUGUUUUCGUCAUCAACGCUCCCAAAGUAUUUAGCAUCGGCUACCCAAUUUUGAAACCUUUCAUCCAUGAGCGAACGAGGAAUAAAAUUAAAAUCUUCGGUCAUGAUGCGAAACAAUGGAAAGCUGCCAUCCUGGCGGAAGUCGAUCCGGAAGAAUUACCAGCUUGUUACGGAGGAACAAUGACCGAUCCUGAUGGAAAUCCCAAUUGCCUUACAAUACUCAACAUGGGCGGAGAAGUACCAAAGUCCUACUACUUUAGCGGCAAACCAGACACGGCCAAUAAGAAAUCGCUGAGCAUUUCGAGCGGAAGCAAAGAACAUUUGGAAUUCAAAGUCGAACGAUCUGGCGACAUCCUCAAGUGGAAUUUCCAUUCCGAAGAAAGUGACAUUGGUUUCGCCGUGUAUCGCAAACAAGGCAGCGAAUUGAUCCCGGUCGUCCCUCACGACAGAGUCGAUUGUCAAAUGUCGGCCGAGGAAGGAGAAAUCGAUUGCGGCGAAACUGGUGUCUAUGUGGUCGAGUUUGACAACAAUUUCAGUUACCUCCGCUCAAAGAAGAUUUGGUACUCGAUCAAAGUGGAACCCGGUUCGAUGAUUAGGGAAAACGGCAACGGCUUCGACUCAUUAUAGAAAAGAAAAAACUAAAUUAUAAGAUUAUGAUCAAAUAUUUUAAAGAAAAUUGUAGGUUACAAAUAAUGUUUUAUCCAGAUAAACUAUGUGGUUGGUCGGUUA